AUGGUGGUUUUAAUCUGCUACUGUUAUGUUGUCUUAUUAGUUUUGGCUAUACGCACUGUGUCAUCGUUUUCUCUUUACGAAUGUUUGAAUUACAAAACGAGAUUUACCCUCCUGUUCGUGAUGAUUGAGUUGGUCAUAUACGCACACAGCUUGACAUAUGCACAGACUGCACAAAAAUGCUUUGACAGGUUUUCAUCAGUGGAGGAUACUCUUAAAUUUAAGCUUAUCACGGGGGACAAAGCUGUGUGCGAAUUUGGUGAGGAUUUGGAAGGAAAAAACAUGAACAUCCCAAAUUUGACAAAAAAAGAAAAGCUGGAUGCAGGAAAAGAACGUACUAACGGUGAAUUGGCAAUACACGAAGAUUUGAGAGAGGAACACAUUAGUAAGCUCCAGGAAAAUGGGGAUAGUAGCUGUGAUCAAUCCAAUAAUCGCGGUAAUGAUCACGUGAUUGAGAACUCAAAAAUAGGCAGAAGUGAAAAAACGAAGACGAAUAUGAAAAAAGGCCGUAAAAGAAGUAAGAAGAGUGUUUUGUUGAAUAAGAAGGCUGACCAAGGGGCUGAAGAUAGAGUCGUAAAGACUCACAUCGUAAGACACAGACCAAAGAGCAUUGUUUACAUUCUAAUCGUGAGACAAGAUGAAGAUCCUGAUGAAUACUAUGAUUUUUUGCUUCGUGAAGAUGAAAACGUAGAUCUGGAGCUUGAGAGGGUAAUAAUGACAAUUUACAAUUACAAGGAAGUCAUGCUGAAAGACUUAAAAGUUGUCGAUGAAAACAACAACAAAAUAAAACGCAAUGUAACCUUUUACGUCAAAAAUGUGCCUUAUCUGGAGGUUGGAAAUGUAAUGGGAUUGGAUAAAAAAGGUACGGUGAAGCGAGAAUUUAUUUAUCGUAAAAAUAGUGUGGCAUGUCUUUGUGAAUCUGAUAUUUUAAUCUAUCUGUUAAACGAGUACGAUUUAUCGUUUCAGGACGAAAAGGGCAGAAAGUAUGUGUUUUAUCGGUUUUAUAGCACCCUAUUUCUAGGUGGAGAGCUAGUGAACAACCAAAUUAUUAGCGCACUUUUUAGAAGAAAUUUGUAUGCUGGAGUAUUUAACUUUUUCAAGGGCAAGAAAAAUGCGUACAACAAAUCGUUCAGAAAUAUUUUCCUUUGUGAACAUGAAUUAACGGAGUUGAACGAAUUAUUCAAAGAAGAAAUGGAGAAGUUGAAAAACAAAGAAAGUUUUUGUGUCUAUUUACGUGAGCUGUUCGACGCAUUGCCAUAUUUUGAGGAUCAUAGGGAUUCCUACCGCAAUGUGAUUAAGAAAUUGCUGCUGAAAUCGAGGAGGAAGGACGACACUGUUGCAUUUGCUAGGGAAGAAAACCAGUAAAUGGUGUUUUAUACGAGCGGCAAGAAAUGCUCAAAAGAAGGUAACUGUGUGAAUUGUCUGCCAUGGUACAUCGAUGACGACAGGUCGUGUAAAUAAACAUUAAG